AUGACAAAAUGGGCGAAAUUCUUACUUUGUCUGGUGAUAUUCCAUGAUGUUUUCAGCGUUCAUUACUGGAAAAUCAGCGAUGACAAGAAGAAAAUCGAAGCUGUGCCAGACUCGCCAUACACAUUAGCUUAUCCUGGAUCGUUGGUGGAUUUUCUGCGGCAAGUGGAUAGCGUAAAGAAAUUCGGCAAAACCUAUGUUGAACUGAGUAAUGUGCUUAAAUCGAUAAAUGCUCGGGAAGCUCGAGAUGACCCGGAAAUCGAAAAACGUCUACAAGCUGAAAGUGAGCAUUGCAAGUUGGUCGGCAGUGUCGGACUGGAUCGGAGUAACUUCAAAACUUCCUACUCUGCUGAGCUAUGUCCUGACUUUCAUAAAUAUUAUGAAAGGUACACGGCUUUUGUAAAGGAGUAUUUCGAUAUGGCACCUGAUGACGAAAAGCUUCUACCACGAUGCCGCCAGUGGCAUCAAGAAAGCCAAUUAAAAGGCCUUCCGAAGGAGGCGAACGAUCAGCAGCUGAAGACGCGAAUCCCUGAUUCGGACUAUGCUGAGAUUCUUAAAGGCUAUUUCCCACAUGUGAAGAAGCUCGUCUCGACGGCAUCACCAAGAUAUGGAGCGAUCAUCGCCAAAUUAUUGUCGCAUCAAUUCGAGACCAUUAGCGCUCAUCCAUACCUACACUUGGCGGCAGCCGCGUACUGGCGUCAAGUCGGCGAUCUACAUGAAGCGCUUAGUUGCUACAAGACAGCUGUGACCUAUGCAGAAAAAAUGAUAUCGAAAGGUGAAGAGGGCGGUCAGCUAAGCCUGGAUGCUAUUUAUGUUGCCGUGGCCACAUUAUUCAAUAAGCAUUCGUUCACGAUGGCCGAUCCAAACGGUCACAGUCCAUGCGUCUUUCUGAAGGCGCAAGCGGCAAUGGCCGAUGCGGCGUAUUUGAAGUUGGACGCUUCACGGGUCAAUGGCAUUCAAGUGGAGCAAGUAGCUGACUUUGCCCGUAUAGUCACCUAUUUCUCCGAUCCCUUUAUUAGGCAACUGCUUGUCCCACCCAAUGAUUCGAACUAUGUGGCUGAACUGCUGAAGUUCCAUGAGGUUUUGCUGAAGAAACUUGGUGCAAUGAGCUGCCAGAUUGAUCUGUUUGUGGAACUAGCGAAGCAAAAGGAAAACCUGGACCAUCUGGUUUCUGAGAAGUUGCGCUUCAACGAUAUUUAUGGAGACCAGAUGAAAAUAGCCGACCAAAUACGUGAUCGAAUGGUAAACGAGAGAACACGACAAUCCCUUAUAUUGGGUUACGAGGAGGCCAAGUAUGGAUAUAAUCCGUAUCGAAUUUGUCGAGUGAUCAGUGCGAAACGGUUUCCGCGCUCUAAUCAUCCCGGCAAUUUGGUACCUACUUAUCACUGUGAAGUGACGGAUCCUGUAGCUUAUGAAGAGUCGAUGAUGCCGUUGAGGAAGGCAACAACGAAGAAUAGACCACCGUUGAAUGACACCGCAUGGAAUGUUGCUGAAGUCUUCGCCACCGACAAAGUAUUCGAAAAAAAAAAAGGCGUAAAGGUCGCUACGUGGGAAAAUGCCGCUGGAACCUCAGAUGCCGAAGAAAUAUCCUUACGACAGUUUAGUGCAACAUGGUCAACAGUACGUGAUCGUUUUUGGCGACGUGCCGAUUGGCCGUCAAGCGUCGAUUGUCAGGCAAUAAUCUCACGAACGGAUAUCUUCAAUCCCAGAUGGUUCCCACAGGUGUUCAUCAGCCCAGAGAACAAAGGCUUCAUAAUUGCUGAUUAUUUGACAAAAGGCAUCGGUUUGGAACCACAUGAAGAUCAUCCUUUGCCAUGGCGUGAGCCGUACUGCAAGGAGGUCAACAUGGUUGGACACGAAACUGAUUUUCUUUCCGGUUUGGUUACAGCCGUAAAUACCCGGCCAUCGAAGGAAUAUGCUGAAGUUCGGCUGAAAACAAUAUUGGUGCGACUGGCUGAUCGCAUUAUGGAAGACAUCGAAAUUGCGCAAAGAAUUCGAUCGAUGAUGGAGAAUGACAUUGGUCCGAGGUGGUUAGCUGUCAAUCUGGCGGCGUUGUACUGGCGUGUGAAAGGCAAUCCCAAACAAGCAGCCUUCUGUCUCAUCGAGGCGAUCCUGCAG